GAUUCCAUGACAAUGGAUCAAGUCCAAGACAGUAUUCGCAAAAGGCUCGUUAAUAUGGAGGGGUCUAACUUUCCCAGACACAUCCCACAAAAAAAGAACGGAGAUAAUCAUAUUGGAGGGUGCGGCUUCUACAUCUUUAAUGGGUAUAAACGGAUUGUUAUUGCCGGCAGCUCAAACCUUAUUGAUGGCACUACUCUUGAUGCUGAACUAAAAGCUUUGGAAAUUGGCUUGAAUGUUGUUGUAGAUUGGAUACUCAAUAUUGCAGUUAUAUUCAUGGAUAGCGUCCGCGUCCAACAAGCUUUGAUGCAUUCUAAUACUAUGACGGCCUGGAGAUUGAACCAAAGAAUUUUCAACAUUAGGAGAAUGCUUAACCUUAAUCAAGUGAAUAUUGAAGUCAUUCCAAGGGAUUGGAACAAUUUAGUAGAUAAGGUAGCAGCUCAUGGCAGAUAAAGACAUGACAUCUCUUUGUUUCAUCAAGGCAAGGACCUUCCAAGAUAGCUGAUAAAGUGGCUUAGGAAGAACAUUUAUUAUCUCAGUUAAGUUUUUGUUUCUUUACUUCUGUUUCCUUUGUUUUUGUAGCGCCUUCUGUUUUUCCAGUUUGUUAACUUUCCUUUCGUUUGUAGGGUUUCUUUGUUCUUUUAAUAAUUCAGCUACUAAAUAGCA